GGGACACCGAGAGGAACACUUGCAGUGCCAGCAGGGAGCUAGGCAGCUUCUUCCCGGACACUGGGGACCCACUGCCUCUCUCCAGAUGGAAAAUAAGAGGGUGUCAUGGGUCCAAGCGGCAAGAGGGUGACGUGACCUCACGGUAGACCCCAGAAGUGAGGCCCCAGGAUGACAGAACCCGAGACCCUGGCCCUGCUGGAAGUGAAGAGGCCUGAGGCCCCAGAGAAAAGCCCACCCCAGGCCUUGGUCCCCAAUGGCCGGCAGCCAGAGGGGGAAGGUGGGGCUGAGUCCCCCGGAGCUGAGUCCUCCAGAGUAGGGUCUUCAGCUGGGUCUCCCACAGCCAGAGAGGGGACUGAGGAUGGUCUAGACAGCACAGUAAGUGAGGCUGCCACCUUGCCCUGGGGGACUGGCCCCCCGCCCAGUGCCCCGUUCCCGGAUCCCCCUGGCUGGCGGGAUAUUGAGCCUGAGCCCCUUGAGUCAGAGCCACCCACCAAGCUAGAGGAGUUGCCUGAAGAUGAUGUCAACCUGCUUCCUGAGAAGGCAGCCCGGGCCUUCGUGCCCAUUGACCUACAGUGCAUUGAGCGGAGGCCCCAGGAGGACCUCGUCGUGCGCUGUGAGGCAGGCGAGGGUGAGCACCGCCGGACCUUCCUGCCCACCCGGGCCACCCACCCUGAGCCCUCUGAGUGCAAGUGGGCCGAAGCAGUGGUGAGGCCACCUAGCCGCUCCUGUGGGGGCUGUGGGAGCUGUGGGGGCCGAGAGGGGCUGAGGGCCGUGGCCUCAGUGGGAGCUGCCCUCAUCCUCUUCCCCUGCCUGCUGUACGGGGCAUAUGCCUUCCUGCCCUUCGAUGCCCCACGGCUGCCUACCAUGAGUUCCCGCCUCGUCUACACGCUGCGCUGUGGGGUCUUUGCCACCUUCCCCAUCAUACUGGGGCUCCUGGUGUAUGGGCUGAGCCUGUUGUGCUUUUCUGCCCUACGGCCCUUUGGGGAGCCACGGCGGGAGGUGGAGAUCCACCGGCAGUAUGUGGCCCAGUCGGUCCAGCUCUUCAUCCUCUACUUCUUCAAUCUGGCCGUGCUUUCCACCUACCUGCCCCAAGAUACCCUCAAACUGCUUCCUCUGCUCACCGGUCUCUUUGCCAUCUCCCGGCUGAUAUACUGGUUGACCUUCGCUGUGGGCCGCUCCUUCCGAGGCUUUGGCUAUGGCCUGACGUUCCUGCCCCUGCUGUCCAUGCUGGUGUGGAACCUCUACUACAUGUUCGUGGUGGAGCCGGAGCGCAUGCUCACUGCCGCCGAGAGCCGCCUGGACUACCCCGACCACGCCCGCUCAGCUUCGGACUACAGGCCCCGCCCCUGGGGCUGAGCCACUCCAGCCUCUUGCCCCCUGCCCCGGAUUCUCAGUGGGACAAACCUCACUACUGCCCAACAGGGAUCCUAUCCAAUCAGAGCAGGGACUGUCCCCUCCUCUCCCCCAGUCGGCGCUGCCCUUCACCUUUGGAGGGGAGAUAGUCGUGAGGGGGGCACUUAGACCAUUUUCUUGCAGGGAAAGAAGAGGGCAGCCAUGUCCCAUAAGGAUGCUGAGGGCACGGGGCCAGGACCAGGAGCAGAGACAUGAUUCCUUCCUGAGCAGCCCCCCAGCACUGCCAGUAGGGCCCACCACUGCUGGAAUCUGCUCCACUCUCCAGCCUCCUGUGAGGCAGCAGGCAGAGUCACAGCCAAAACUUGGACCAUUUCUGUGCUCAUUGUCUAAGUAGAGGGCCUCAAGGAGACUGGAAGUACUGCCCACGCCUAAAGAGAGAGGGUGGGCAUCAGAUCAAAUAGAACUUUCACACUUGGUGAAAACCUUCCUGGGGGCUUGGGUUCAGGGCCCUCCACGACUGGACCUCAUAGGCCCUUUAGCCUCAGUUAAGAUGGUUACAGCUGCCCCAGCCCAGAGCUGCUAACAGCCUCUUCCCUUCCAACCAAUUUAGGUCCCUGUAACUUCCCACUUCCAAACUGCCCAGAAGUCAUGCCUCUCCCAUGGGAAGAGGAGUGGACAGGGAAACCUGCCUCCCAUGGGGGUGUGUGUGUGUAUGUUUUUGUGUGUGUGUGGGGACGUCCAUGCAUGUGGUGGCUGGGUGGUUAGAAGGCAUAGUGGCUGACGUGAACCCCAUGUGAGUGUGUGUGUGUGUGUGUGUAACAAUAAAUGACUACCAGUC